GCCAGGUCCGGCCGGGAACCGAGGGGCGGGGGCCGAGAGGGAAGUGGGCGGGAGCGGCGGCCGGAGUCGCGAGAGCCGCCGGCGCCCGCGGGGAGCUGAGCAAGUGGGACCCCGCGCGGGCCGGGCCGGGAUGAGCCAUGGCAUCGGUCAAGGUGGCCGUGAGGGUCCGGCCCCUGAAUCGCAGGGAAAAGGACUUGGAAGCCAAAUUCAUUAUACAAAUGGAGAAAAGCAAAACAACAAUCACAAACUUAAAGAUACCUGAAGGAGGAUCUGGGGACUCAGGGAGAGAACGGACCAAGACCUUCACUUAUGACUUUUCUUUUUAUUCUGCUGAUACAAAAAGUCCAGAUUAUGUUUCACAAGAAAUGGUUUUCAAAACCCUUGGCACAGAUGUUGUGAAGUCUGCAUUUGAAGGUUAUAAUGCUUGUGUCUUCGCAUAUGGACAGACUGGAUCGGGAAAGUCAUACACGAUGAUGGGAAACUCUGGUGAUUCUGGCUUAAUACCUCGGAUAUGUGAAGGGCUUUUCAGUCGGAUAAGUGAAACCACCAGAUGGGAUGAAGCCUCUUUUCGAACUGAAGUCAGCUACUUAGAGAUUUAUAAUGAACGUGUGCGAGAUCUACUUAGGCGGAAGUCAUCCAAAACCUUCAAUUUAAGAGUCCGGGAGCAUCCAAAAGAAGGACCUUAUGUUGAGGAUUUAUCCAAACAUUUAGUACAGAAUUACGGUGAUGUAGAAGAACUUAUGGAUGCAGGAAAUAUCAAUCGUACCACUGCAGCGACUGGGAUGAAUGACGUCAGUAGCAGGUCUCAUGCCAUCUUCACCAUCAAGUUUACUCAGGCAAAAUUUGAUUCUGAAAUGCCGUGUGAAACCGUGAGUAAGAUCCACUUGGUCGAUCUUGCUGGAAGUGAGCGUGCCGAUGCCACUGGUGCCACAGGGGUCAGACUGAAGGAAGGGGGGAACAUUAACAAGUCCCUCGUGACUCUGGGCAAUGUCAUCUCUGCCUUAGCUGAUUUAUCUCAGGAUGCAGCCAACCCUUCUGUAAAGAAGAAGCAAGUUUUUGUGCCUUACAGGGAUUCUGUUUUGACAUGGUUGUUAAAAGAUAGCCUUGGAGGAAAUUCUAAAACUAUCAUGAUUGCCACCAUUUCACCUGCUGAUGUCAAUUAUGGAGAAACCCUAAGUACUCUUCGCUAUGCAAAUAGAGCCAAAAAUAUCAUCAACAAGCCUACCAUUAAUGAGGACGCCAACGUCAAACUCAUCCGUGAGCUGCGAGCUGAAAUAGCCAGACUGAAAACGCUGCUUGCUCAAGGAAAUCAGAUUGCCCUUUUAGACUCCCCCACAGCCUUAAGUAUGGAGGAAAAACUUCAGCAGAAUGAAGCAAGAGUUCAAGAAUUGACCAAGGAAUGGACAAAUAAGUGGAAUGAAACCCAAAAUAUUUUGAAAGAACAAACUCUAGCCCUUAGGAAAGAAGGUAUUGGAGUUGUUUUGGAUUCCGAACUGCCCCAUUUGAUUGGCAUUGAUGAUGACCUUCUGAGUACUGGAAUUAUCUUAUAUCACUUGAAGGAAGGUCAGACUUAUGUUGGUAGAGAAGAUGCUUCAACAGAACAAGAUAUUGUUCUUCACGGUCUGGAUUUGGAGAGUGAGCACUGUAUCUUUGAAAAUGCCGGGGGGACGGUGACGCUGAUACCCCUAAGUGGGUCUCAGUGCUCUGUGAAUGGUGUGCAGAUCUUGGAGGCCACACACCUAAAUCAAGGUGCCGUGAUACUCUUGGGAAGAACCAAUAUGUUUCGCUUUAACCAUCCAAAGGAGGCUGCCAAGCUCAGGGAGAAGAGGAAGAGUGGCCUUCUGUCCUCCUUCAGCUUGUCCAUGACCGACCUCUCGAAGUCCUGUGAGAACCUCUCCGCAGUCAUGUUAUACAACCCAGGACUUGAAUUUGAGCGGCAACAGCGAGAAGAACUUGAAAAAUUAGAAAGCAAAAGGAAACUCAUAGAGGAAAUGGAGGAGAAGCAGAAAUCUGACAAGGCGGCGCUGGAGCGCAUGCAGCAGGAGGUAGAAAGCCAGCGCAAGGAGACGGAGAUCGUCCAGCGCCAGAUCCGCAAGCAGGAGGAGAGCCUCAAGCGCCGCAGCUUCCACAUCGAGAGCCGGCUCAAGGACCUGCUGGCCGAGAAGGAGAGGUUUGAGGAGGAGAGGCUGCGGGAGCAGCAGGAGAUGGAGCUGCAGAAGAAGAAGCAGGAAGAAGAGCGCUUCCUCCGGGUCAAAGAGGAACUCCAGCGGCUGCAGGAACUCAACCACAGCGAGAAGGCCGAGAAGACGCAGAUAUUUGAAGAACUGGACCGGCUCAAAAGGGAAAAGGAUGAGCAGUGUGCCAAGCUGGAACUGGAAAAAAAGAGGCUUGAGGAGCAAGAAAAGGAGCAGGUCAUGCUCGUGGCCCAUCUGGAGGAGCAGCUACGGGAGAAGCAGGAGAUGAUCCGGCUCCUGCGGCGCGGAGAGGUGCAGCGGGUGGAGGAGGAGCGCAGAGACCUGGAGGGCAUCCGGGCGUCCCUGCUGCGGGUGAAGGAAGCCCGCGCUGAGGGCGAUGAGGACGGAGAGGAGCUGGAAAGGGCUCAGCUGCAUUUCUUAGAGUUCAAGAGAAGGCAGCUGGUCAAGCUAGCCAACUUGGAGAAGGACCUGGUGCAGCAGAAGGACCUUCUGAAAAAAGAAGUUGAAGAAGAACAGGAAAUCCUGGAACGGUUAAAAUCUGAAAAUGAGGAGGACUCUAGGUUGUUGGGGAAAAAUGAUGAUGGCGUCACAUAUGUCCCCCAGGUGGCUCAAGAUUUAGAGAAAAUAAAGCCAGCUGAGUGUAGGCUGCACCAUAAAGAGCGCCAGCUCCAGUACCUCCUGCAGAACCAUCUGCCGACUCUGUUAGAGGAAAAGCAGAGAGCGUUUGAAAUCCUCGAUACAGGCCCUCUGGGCUUAGACAACACGCUUUAUCAAGUAGAAAAAGAAAUGGAAGAAAAAGAAGAGCAGCUCGCCCAGUACCAAGCCAACGCGAGCCAGCUGCAGAAGCUCCAAGCCACCUUUGAAUUCACGGCCAACGUUGCCCGGCAGGAAGAAAAAGUGAGGAAAAAGGAAAAGGAGAUUCUGGAAUCGCGGGAGAAGCAGCAGCGGGAGGCGCUGGAGCGCGCUGUGGCCAGGCUGGAGAGGAGGCACUGGGCCCUGCAGCGGCGCUCCACCCUGGGCCUGGAGAUGGAAGAGCAGAGGCAGAAGCUGGCCACCCUGAACAGCAGCAGCAGCGAGCAGUCAGGGCUGCAGGCCAGCCUGGAAGCCGAGCAGGAGGCCCUGGAGAAGGACCAGGAGAGGUUGGAACAUGAAAUCCAGCAGUUGAAGCAGAAGAUCUAUGAAGUCGAUGGUGUUCAGAAAGGGCAUUUUGGUACCUUGGAGGGAAAGGCUGCUUCUUCCAGCUUGUCAUCCAAUCCUGAAAAAUCUCACCUGGUUCCUCUGAUGGACGCCAGGGUCAGUGCUUACAUUGAAGAGGAAGUCCAAAGGCGUCUUCAGGAUUUGCGUCGUGUGAUUUGCAAUGACAGCAGUGUGUCUGCAGACAUGACCAAGAAUAAUGAGAAACUUCACAAUGGUACCAUUCAACGAAAGCUAAAAUAUGAGCGGAUGGUUUCUCGCUCUUUGGGAGCAAGUCCAGAUGACCUGAAGGACCCAAUUAAAAUCAGCAUCCCUCGCUAUGUUCUCUGCGGUCAAGGCAAGGAUGAGCACUUCGAGUUUGAGGUCAAGAUUACUGUCCUUGAUGAGACAUGGACUGUAUUCAGACGUUAUAGUCGUUUCCGAGAAAUGCAUAAAACAUUGAAGUUAAAGUAUGCAGAGCUUGCUACCCUUGAAUUCCCUCCAAAGAAACUAUUUGGAAACAAGGAUGAACGUGUGAUUGCUGAGAGGCGGAGUCACUUAGAGAAAUACCUCAGGGACUUUUUCAGCGUGAUGCUCCAAUCAGCCACGUCUCCCCUACACAUCAACAAAGUGGGGCUGAUGCUUUCGAAACACACCAUUUGUGAAUUCUCGCCAUUCUUCAAGAAAGGGGUCUUUGACUACAGCAGCCAUGGGACCGGGUAGAGCUGGGGUGACAGAGGAACCCCCACUGCAGUGCCUUCUCGUCGAAGCGGGCCUUCGGGUGCGGGGCAGCCUCCCGGCAGCCUCCCGCCUCCUCUCCAGUCCGUACCCAGUGCCUGAGCGUGGGGCUGGCGUGCUUUGCUUGCUGAUGGUGUCUGACGGGUAACUAUUACUGUCCCACUGUGGUUGAAUCGUGGCCUUUCCCCCAUAGUGCUUCCUUCUCCUGCGGUGAGAUGGAUGUGGCUUGAGUAUCUUGGGUUCUCUGAGACAAGCCAACAUGGGACCUCACAAAGUGAGUGGCUCACCAGACUGCCCUUAAAUGACUUUCAUCUGGUUUGAGUCAGAAUUUUUGUAUAAUACCUAAACACUGAUGUUUACACAGAAUUUCAAAUUCUGCAAAAGGGAUUUUCGGUACAAUCACGACUGGAGUCUUCCAUGCCUGACAAACUGGAUGUAGGUGACGUCACUUAAAACUUCUAUAAACCCAUACAAAUUGGAUAGUUGCUUCAUCUUGAAUAUUCAUGAAUUUUUUCCCAAAUGUAAAUGGCUACUGUGCAUUCUCAAGCUUUCUCCACUAAUCACAAAAUGCAUAGCUGAAGGCAUAUUUUUAAACAUAAUUUUGUUCACAUUUUUGUCAUAAAGUCUACUGGAUCUUUAGCUGAAAACUUAGAAUUUGCAGUACCUUAUUAAUGAUCCCUAAAUUACUCAGGACUUAAUGUAGCAUUGCACAUUUAUGUACAGUAAAACUGCUUUGCUUUACUAAAGAGAAAAAUGUAAGUAGAAAAAUAUAUAUGCGGAAUAUAUUGAAAUGUAUAUAAUUUUACCUAUAGAUUUAUAUAUGUACACACUCCUGUACAAUAGUUUUAUCAAAGUAUAUAAUCAUUCACAUAAAUUUAUUAAAGGUAUUUGCUUUUCAAAAUUUAAAUGGAGCUGCUGUCAAUAUUAAAAGAAGUUAUGGAAUGUACUAUGUAACUCAGUU